GUGUUUACGUUGAGAUGCUCACAACAAAGGACAGCGCACCACGGACACUGUCAUUUUAAAUCAAGCACUGGAUAUUUACUGAAACGGGACAAUUUACAACUUACAAUAACAAGGACACAAAGCCAAGUCUCUCAGCCUUCAUCUGGUCUCUCUUUUUACGUGGCACGCCUUUGUUUUCUUAUGGUUAGACAGCUUCCAGCGGAGAAAUUCAAGACAAAAAUCUCUUUUUUUUGUACCGGUUAAUUGUUAGCUAGCCUGCUAGCCUCAGCAAGUUCGGAGAAAGCAUCUGCUGAGGACAACAUUAAACAGAGACCACAGCAGACACACUGGACAUAAGCAUCCCGCCAGUGUGUUCGCGGGCAGGACCAGUAUGAGACAUGAGCUGAGGCUGAGCUGACCCUCCCCCUCUCCUCUCCCCCUGUGCCCCUUCCCCCGUGCCCUCCCUGUGUCCCCUCCCUGACGCAGCUCCUGCUCUUCCUGCUCCGUCCCUCCAGAGGCCCGGCCCGAUGUACUCCCCAGAGGACACCAUCUCCACCACCGCCUCCACCAAAGUGCCAGUCAAGUACGGGGAGCUCCUUGUGCUGGGGUACAAUGGCUCACUGCCGAACGGGGACCGCGGCAGACGCAAGAGUCGUUUUGCACUAUGUAAAAGACCCAAAGCAAACGGAGUCAAGCCCAGCACAGUCCACGUCGCCUGCUCUCCACAAGCAGCCAAGGCCAUAAGCAACAAAGACCAGCACAGCAUUUCCUACACCCUGUCCCGAGCCCAGACGGUGGUGGUGGAGUACACACAUGACAGCAAUACAGACAUGUUCCAGAUUGGACGAUCCACAGAGAGCCCCAUAGACUUUGUGGUGACAGACACUAUCGCAGGCAGCCAGAGUAACGCAGACACUCAGUCAGUCCAAAGCACCAUCUCCAGAUUCGCCUGUCGCAUCAUGUGCCAGCGCACGCCGCCUUACACUGCGCGCAUCUACGCCGCGGGCUUCGACUCCUCCAAGAACAUCUUCCUUGGGGAGAAAGCUGCUAAAUGGAAGACACCAGACGGUCAAAUGGAUGGACUGACCACAAACGGUGUGUUAGUGAUGCAUCCUCGCAACGGCUUCAGCCAGGACUCGAAGCCUGGCGUCUGGAGAGAGAUCUCUGUCUGUGGCAAUGUCUUCACACUGAGAGAGACACGCUCAGCACAGCAGAGAGGGAAGAUGGUGGAGACUGAGAGCCAGGAGCUGGUGGAUGGUUCCCUUAUUGACUUGUGUGGUGCAACGCUGUUGUGGAGAACAGCUGAAGGACUGGCGCGCACUCCCACACUCAAACACUUGGAGGCGCUACGACAAGAGAUCAAUGCAGCACGUCCACAGUGUCCUGUGGGCUUUAACACUCUGGCCUUUCCCUCCAUGCGGCGCAAGGACACUCCUGAUGAGAAGCAGCCCUGGGUUUAUCUGCAGUGCGGCCAUGUGCACGGCUACCACAACUGGGGCGGCCACCUUGAGGAGCGGGAGGGGCGGGAGGGUCGCCUUCGAGAGUGCCCCAUGUGCCGGGCCAAGGGUCCUUAUGUUCCGCUGUGGUUGGGCUGCGAGGCGGGCUUCUAUGUGGACGCUGCUCCGCCCACUCAUGCCUUUAACCCCUGCGGCCAUGUUUGUUCUGAGAAGACAGCCUCCUUCUGGAGUCAGAUUCCUCUGCCCCACGGCACGCACACUUUCCACGCAGCCUGCCCGUUCUGUGCGCAGCAGCUGAGUGGGGAGCAGGGCUACGUCAGACUCAUCUUCCAGGGACCUCUGGACUAGUCUCAGCGUGGGAGGAGCAUGCGGCAGUGACUGCUUUAACACUAACUCUGUGUUUCAAGGCUGUUUUCUGCAGUAACACAAACUGACAUUUUGUCUCUUAUUUUUAAGUGACCUUUGUAUUGCUUUUUCACACAUGACAAAAAGAUGUCUAUAUUUUCAUGAAACCAGAGACACAGAAACCAAACCAAGAACACUGCUGCGUAAAAUGAUGUUUCAUUUAACAGUAUUCACCUGUACAACUGUAGGGCAAACAUACAGUGUUUAUGUUCCUGUUGCAAUACUUCCCUGUGUACAUGUGUCAGAGCUGAUGUUUAUUUAUGAGAACAGCCUUUAUCCCUCAGACCUUCAGCAUUUGAAAGUACACUUUAUUGUGGAGACGGUGUGGGUUUGGUCUGAGGAUCAUGUUUCUAUGUUUGUCUGUCCCUUAUCCACUGAUCUACGAUCUGUGUCGUAUUUAUUCCCUCUUCUAACUUGAGUGUGACUUUGUAUUGGGUGUAACCUCUUCAGUUUGACUUUCCUCUCACUCGGAAACAUGCAUCAUUGGCCUUUCACAUUCAAAGCAAUACAUUUGGGAAUCUCCCCAAAGCAUUAUGGAAAAAUAAGGCAUCUGUGUAAGCAGCCAUCCCUUUAAAGAGGAAACAUUGUACGGAUGAGUGAAUGUUACAACAGAUCAGCCACAACACUGCAGUAUGUAGCAAGACAAACGUCAAAAUCACACUAACACAAGGAGGCAGACAUGUGUUUUUUUCACUUGAAAGUUGUGGCUUGUAAACGUAAAAGUUAGCCAGCAUUCAGACACAGCAGCAUUCAGACAGUAGCUGUUUUAAUCAGAUUUGCACUAAUACUAUAUUAGAAGACUCCAAUUGCCAUAAAAUAUUAGACACAGAUACGUCUGAAUAUGAAAACAUGUUUUCAAUCUAUAUGCAAAUUUGUCUCAAAUGAAACAAGCUACUCAUCACAUAAUACAAACUGUCAGGACUGUUGCAUUCACUGUAGCCCCAGUUCAGUCACUCUACCCCAGGACAGCUGUGGCCAUAGAUGCAGCUCAUCACCAAGUGUAGAGUGAAUGAGUACUGACCAUCAAGUGGCACAAGUGCAAAACAAUUUUACAUACAUAAUAGCCAGUCAUUUGAUUAUACCAAAUUAAACUCUUCUUUUCUUCUGUAAAAAAUGAAACAUUUUGAAGGUUGUAGCAGUCUUGAUAUUUUGCAUGCUCAUUGACAAGAUCAGGUGCAAAGAACUGAGACACGCACUGUAGAAGCCUUCCCUCCAAAACAGCCUUUACCUCCUGGUAGGUCACAUGUUCACAGCUGGAGUGUGUGUAUUAGGCUGUAUACGCCUAUGAAUGUUUGUCUGUCCACAUAGUUUUCACCAAGGUCUUCCUUUUACUUGGACUGCAACACACAGCUCACCUCAGGGAGAAACUUACCGCCCAGCUGAAUAAUUGCAUACAGAUAUAAAUAAGGUCUAAUGAGGAUACCUCCACAAAGGUCAGUGCUUUUGUUUGUCUUGUGGAGAAGGCACACGAUAAAGGGCUUCUUCACUCUACUGUUAUGUCCAUGACUGUCUGUAUCUGUCCUGCCAUAGUCCUCCUGCUCCUGCACUGUCCCUCCUCUCCUUGUGCUUACAGGCGAACGAAUGUUUGAAGCAUACACUUUUGUAACAACUUUAAACAAUAAAGUGUAAAAGUGAA